AUGGUAUCAAAGGUUGUGGAGAUGGGAGGUGUACAAGCACUAAUAGCACUGAGUAAUAUGGAGGACAACAAAAUCCAGAGUGAAGUCUUUAAGGGUCUACACACAUUGAGUUUACAUCAACCUCUGCACACGUACCUCACAGUUUCUGGUGCAGCAAAGGCCAUCUCUCAUGUCCUGGAUAAUAAAGAGAACAAGGAGCAAGAACUACUGAUGAAUGGUAUCAGUACUCUUUAUCUGCUUUGUAAAUCUCCCCACUUGCGAACUAAAGUGAUUUAUGACGGGGCGCUGACACCAGUCCUGAAACUCUGUACAAUGGACGACACAAUUGCUCUGGUGGCCAUGAAAACGCUCAGCCUCAUUGUAGAAGAUGACCAGACGCACAGUAUUAUUGUGGAUAAUCACCGUAUCAAAGCCUUAUCUCACAUCCUCAGUCUCUGCGGAAGAACCGAGCCUCAGAUACAGCUGAUUUCACUGAAAAUUUUGGCCCACAUAUCAACAAGCAGUGACUGGAAUCGACAUAGAAUAAUUCAAGAAAAUUCCAUAGCUGACUAUGACUUAAAAGAAGUUUUUAAUAACCCCUUCACCAAUGAGGAAAUUCUCAGAACAGCAACUUGUCUCAUGGCUAAUUUGGCAGCCUGUUCCAUAGACCAGAACGGACUCCUGACCUUUCAAAACAGUUUGUGUUCUCUCAUAUCUGAAGACCAUAACAACAAAGUACUCUGCAAUAUCAUGCGGGGAAUUGCAAAUUUUGCAAAGUUUAAACUGAAUGCUCCUAUUCUGAUACAGGUCUUUCCAGAAAUUAUAGAAAAAGGGCUGAUGUCCAAUCAUGAUGAUAUUAGAAUACAAGCAGCACGUGUGACAGCCUUCCUGCUUGCAUAUAUGCCAGAACAGACAAUUGAACACUUGAUGAGUCCCGUCCUGCUUUCUGCCUCUCUCUCUUCCCAUCCUCCCAUUCUCUGUCUCUCUCCUUCAUUAAUUUCUCCCCUUCUCACAGUCUCUCUCUCUCUCUCCCUUCUCACUGUCUCUCUUUCUCCCAUCCCAUUCUCACUGUCUCUCUCUCUCUCUAUCCUUCAUUACUUUCUCCCAUUCUCACUGUCUCUCUCUCCUUCACUGCUUUCUCCCAUUCUCACUGUCUCUCUCUCUCUCUCCGUCACUGCUUUUUCCCAUUCUCACUGUCUCUCUCUCUCUCUAUCCUUCAUUACUUUCUCCCAUUCUCUCCUCACUCUCUCUCUCUCUCUCUAUCCUUCAUUACUUUCUCCCAUUCUCACAGUCUCUCCCUCUCCUUCAUUACUUUCUCCCCUUCUCACAGUCUCCCUCUCUCUCUUCCACUGCUUUCUCCCAUCCUCACAGUCUCUCUCUCUCUCUCUCUCCCAUUCUCACUGUCUCUCUCUCUCUCUCCUUUCUCCCAUUCUCACUGUCUCUCUCCUCUCCUUCUCUUUCUCCCUUCUCUGUCUCUCUCCUUCACUGCUUUCUCCCAUUCUCACUGUCUCUCUCUCUCUCUUUCUCCCCUUCCUCAUCAGUCUCUCUCUCUCUUUCUCCCAUUCUCACUGUCUCUCUCUCUCUAUCCUUCAUUACUUUCUCCCAUUCUCACUGUCUCUCUCUCUCUCUAUCCUUCAUUACUUUCUCCCAUUCUCACUGUCUCUCUCUCCUUCACUGCUUUCUCCCAUUCUCACUGUCUCUCUCUCUCCUUCCGUCCCACUGUCUCUCUCUCCUUUUUUCCCAUUCAGUCUCCUCUCUCUCUCUUUCUCCCUAUCCUUCAAUCUCUCCUUCACUUUUUCUCCCAUUCUCACUGUCUCUCUCUCUCCUCCCAUUCUUUCUCUCUCUCUCUCUCUCCAUCUCUUUUCCCAUUCUCACUGUCUCUCUCUCUCUCCUUCACUGCUUUCUCCCAUUCUCACUGUCUCUCUCUCUCUCUCCGUCACUGCUUUUUCCCAUUCUCACUGUCUCUCUCUCUGUCUCUCUCCUUCACUACAUUCUCUCAUUCUCUCUGACUCUCUUUUUCUCUCUCUCCUUUCCCCUCUCUCUCUCUCUCCCCUUCCUCCCUUCUCUCCUUGCUUUCUUUCAUUCUUUCACCAACUGCCAUUCCUCAGCUUAGCUUUCUCUCCUUUUUUUCUCUAUCUCUCUCCCCUCACUUCUCCCAGCUUCUUCCCAAUCUUUCUAUUCCCCUCCCCUUGCCCAUUUUCUCUCACUCUCUCUAUCUUCCCAGCCCCUUCCUCCUGCUUUCUCUCAUUCUCUCUCUCUCUUUACCUUCCGCUUUUUCAGUUGUCUCUCUCUCUCUCUCUCUCUCCUCUUCCCCAUUUUUUCCUAUUCACUCUCUUUCUCCUCCCUUCCCCAGGCUUUCUCCCACUUUCUCCUCCCCCUCUUCUCUCCCCCCCCUCACCCAUCAUUUUCUCUGCCCCCAUCAAUCUUCCUUCCAACAUAAAUGCUGCAAUCAUAUUUUGA